AUGAAGUGUGACGGGAGGUCGGAGCAGCUAGCUGGGGCGCGCGUGGGGACCGAGCACAUCGACCGCCGCCGGGUUCCCGGGCCCGACUUUUUGGGGCAAUACGACAGAACCAUCGUUGCGCCUGCAUUGACUUAUGGUUUCGUGGGCCUCGCUAUAAGAAAAACGAGCUCUGCGCUUCCACCUCAUUUCCGCCAAGACACCUACCUUUUUCCUGUGAAAGAAGAGCACUCCGUUUCUCCGUUCGUUCAUGAGGGGUCUGCUCACAAGCAUGUCUUGAAGAGCACUGAGGCAGAAAACCUCACCAUGGUGAUUCCUCGCUUUACGCGUUCGACAACUCCCUCUCCUUCUUCGGCCCCUGGCUCGCCUGUUGAGCCAAAGAAGCCCGGGACGCGUCCUUCACAGAUCGGGGCUUCUUCUUCGGGUACUUCCGCCGGGAACUGUGACCCCAGCGACACGGCGAAGGCUGCCGAUCUCCCAGCUCCCCCAUUACCGCCUCCUCCAAAUCCCCCUGCGCUCGCGAAUGUUUGGUUUCUGCGAAAGCGAGCGACGCAUAUCAGCACGGCUCUCUUAAACACGCCUCAACCUUCCUCCGCUUUGGCAUUAGGGAAUGUCUCGGGAAAUCUCAGUGGGCCACGUGACCCUAUCUCGGGUCGUCUCCUCUCAGGCUCAGGAUGCUCUUCCCUGCCACCAGACGACGAGCUGGAGUUCGAACGAAGAGGUUCCGACAACUUUUUGAGGUUCCAUCCCAUGUUUGAGUGUAUCCGCGCCGAGAGUCAGUUUGCUCCUGACAUGAGAAAAGCGACGGCUUUUCCAUCUGGUGCCGCUAAUCCUGCUACGCAGCAGCUCUGGGUAGAGAAAAAAGAUGGUAUAUCCAGCGAUGCAGAGCAGCGCACGCCUGCGACCAGACAGAGUGGCUGUUUGAUGCGAGUGCUCGACAGACUUCAAGAAAAUUCAGAUUCUUAUAAAGUAUGGGAUUGGGAAGAAGUCGCGGAGAACGUGACCGGUAGCCGAUUAGGCAUGUACAAUCGCCUCCCUCACGGAGCACGCAAGAUCGAUUACUGUAGCAUGAUCCGUACAGUCACGAGCCUUUACAAAGAGCUGCUAGAGACCUCCGAGCAGAACCAGAAGAAGCUGAACCGACUGAAGGAAUGGAGCCACGACAAAGAUCGUCAACAGAAGCCUGAUAAUAGCGGCAGAUUCUUCGAGCGACGCUUCUCCGACGAGAUGAAAGAGCUCGAUGACAUCGCGGUCCCCGACUUCCUCGCUACAGGAGCUUUGAAAUAUGCCGACUCCCGGGCCAUGAAGAAGACGCCGCAGGCCGCCCAAAAAGGAGUCCAACCACAUCGGAAAGCGGCGACUCUUGCGCCGCCCGUGCAAACUCAAAAGAAGCUGCGGUGA